UAGUGAGUAACUUCAGUGGCUUAGCGCUCCCACCAGCACCCCCUCCCUAUCUCUCAUUCCUGAGACAAGACCAAGGCGGAACAGAGCUUUACUUGGUGGAGCUGAGUUGCCUACUGAGGAACCUCCACAGACUAAUUUAUUUUUUAAAUCAUCCUUUUUCCCCCCCUAGCUACAUGAGAAGGUUUUGCAUUUCAUAUUUGCUUUCUUGGUUUAAGUAACAAGAGGAAAACUUUUCCGGCUCACCAGGCAGGGAGAAAGUCUAACUCAACAUUAGAGUUUGUAGGAGGCUGAUACACGGUACAAUGGAUCUUGUGGUGUUGUUGGCUUUCAGCUCCUGCCUGGCUCCUGUGCUUGGAUCAGCAUUUGGCAGGGAAGUGUUUGUUUCAGCGGCAGAUGAGGACAAAGACUAUGACAGUGCUUUUCAGUAUGAUUAUGAAUCUCUGAGAAUCUGUGGCCUGGUUUUCGCAGUGGUGCUGUUCCUUAUGGGUAUCGCACUCAUCGUCACCCGAAAAUGUACCUGUUCGAAGGGUGACAAGCCAAGGGGUCCUAAUGUGGAAUCAGGUGUUCCAAAGGCUUAGUAGGCACAGAGGCACACAGCGGUGGAGAUAAUGUGUUACUGGCUGUUGCCUUUAGGUGGCAGCAAAUAUUUUGAUCACAGCUGAGGACAAUCUUUCUGUGGCUGCAUGAAGCUUCCUUCCAAUUUCUAAUUGAUGUUACUGCCCUCCCUUUUUAAAUAAAAGUGUUUUAUCAUUUGUGAACUAGAUAAUGUGCUAGCUUUAUAUGAUGGCAAUAGUCUGAUUAUCAAUUGUAUUUUUGUGACUUUCAGAUUGAUGCAAAAUAAUAAAAGAAAUGUUUGAAAAGA